CGGCCUGGGCGGAGCGCGUGGACUGGAGGGCGGCGGCGAGCACUUGGCGAGCGCCUUUACAAUGGCCCUGACCCUGUUUGAUACAGAUGAAUAUAGACCUCCUGUUUGGAAAUCUUACUUAUAUCAGCUGCAGCAGGAAGCCCCUCAUCCUCGAAGAAUUACCUGUACUAAUGAGGUUGAAAACAGACCAAAGUAUUAUGGAAGAGAGUUUCACGGCAUGAUCUCCCGAGAAGAAGCAGACCAGCUCUUGAGUGUGGCUGAGGGGAGUUACCUCAUUCGCGAGAGCCAGCGUCAGCCAGGAACCUACACUUUGGCUUUAAGAUUUGGAAGUCAAACCAGAAACUUCAGGCUGUACUACGAUGGAAAGCACUUCGUUGGGGAGAAGCGCUUUGAGUCCAUCCACGAUCUGGUGACUGAUGGAUUGAUUACUCUCUAUAUUGAAACCAAGGCAGCAGAAUACAUUGCCAAGAUGACGAUAAACCCAAUUUAUGAGCACAUAGGAUACACAACCUUAAACAGAGAGCCAGCAUACCAAAAACAUAUGCCAGUCCUGAAAGAGACACAUGAUGAGAGAGAUUCUACAGGCCAGGAUGGGGUGUCAGAGAAAAGGUUGACAUCACUUGUUAGAAGAGCAACUCUGAAAGAAAACGAGCAAAUUCCAAAAUAUGAAAAGGUUCACAAUUUCAAGGUCCAUACAUUCAGAGGGCCACACUGGUGUGAAUACUGUGCCAAUUUCAUGUGGGGUCUUAUCGCUCAGGGAGUGAAAUGUGCAGAUUGUGGUUUGAAUGUUCAUAAGCAGUGUUCCAAGAUGGUCCCAAACGACUGUAAGCCAGACUUGAAACAUGUCAAGAAGGUGUACAGUUGUGACCUUACCACACUCGUGAAAGCCCAUAUCACCAAGCGGCCAAUGGUGGUGGACAUGUGCAUCAGGGAAAUUGAAUCCAGAGGUCUUAAUUCUGAAGGUCUGUAUCGAGUAUCAGGAUUCAGUGACUUAAUUGAAGAUGUCAAGAUGGCUUUUGACAGAGAUGGCGAGAAAGCGGAUAUUUCUGUGAACAUGUAUGAAGAUAUCAACAUUAUCACUGGUGCGCUGAAACUGUACUUCAGGGAUCUACCAAUUCCGCUCAUCACAUACGACGCCUACCCUAAGUUUAUAGAGUCCGCGAAAAUUAUGGAUCCCGAUGAGCAAUUAGAAACCCUUCACGAGGCACUGAAGCUCCUGCCGCCCGCUCACUGCGAAACCCUGCGGUACCUCAUGGCGCAUCUAAAGAGAGUGACCCUCCACGAAAAGGAGAAUCUUAUGAAUGCAGAGAACCUCGGCAUUGUUUUCGGCCCGACCCUUAUGAGAUCUCCAGAACUAGACGCGAUGGCCGCGUUGAACGAUAUACGAUACCAGAGACUGGUGGUGGAGCUGCUUAUCAAAAACGAAGACAUUUUAUUUUAAAUUUUAGUUUGUGGGGGGGAAAGAAAAGAAAUGUUUUACAGAUGAAGGAAUGUUUUAUAGUAAUUUAAUUGGCUCUUAUAGCUGACUUAUUUCUCGGUUAGACGUUAUGGCAGAUAGCCAGCUUAAAAUGAAGGAACUUUCCGUUGUUUUAGUAGCACCGCUCAGCUGUCCUUGUAAAACAGUGAACACACGCUCUCCAGUUCUAGUAAUCCCGGGUGUUUAUCAUGUUAAGAGAAACUCAAGCUAUUGCAUGAUUAGCCCCCUCUUUGGCAAGGGAACCCCAUACAAAGGAGACAUCACAAGCCUGCACCCGCCUCUUCGUCCCGGGUAGUCUGUGGUUGUAAUUCAGCAUGUUUCGCAGAGUAAAUCUGUCGUGACUUCGCUUUUGGGUUCUAUGUCAUUGGUUUACUGACGCUUCUAUAAACAUGCACACAAAUGGAUGAAACAGCACCUCUGACUGCUACAUUGCCAUAGACUAUAACAUAAGCCUCCUUUCCUCCGAUGCUUUAUUUGUGGUUUCUCUUUGUUCUUCUCUGACAUAGUCCUUUCUUUCCAGCAAAAGCAAAAUGUGUUUUCAGAUUUGUUACUUUAGUAAAUUAUCCACCAAUAAAAAAAAAAAGUACAAUGCAGAGCAUUUUCUGUUAUUAUUGGGUUUCAGUUGCAAUUUUGCGUUACCUGGCAUGCAUUUAUUAAUUUAUUAAAUUUGGCUUUUAGAAAUAAAAA